GGCGCCAUGUUUUGGAAGUUUGACCUGCACACGAGCUCGCACCUCGACGCACUGCUGGAGCGGGAGGACCUCAGCCUGCCCGAGCUGCUGGACGAGGAGGACGUGCUGCAGGAGUGCAAGGUCGUCAACCGCAAGCUGCUGGACUUCCUGCUGCGGCCGCUGCACCUGCAGGCCAUGGUGGCCUGGGUCACCCAGGAGCCGCCGGCCAGCGGCGAGGAGCGGCUGCGCUACAAGUACCCCAGUGUGGCCUGCGAGAUCCUGACGUCGGACGUGCCCCAGAUCAACGAUGCGCUAGGGGCGGACGAGUCCCUGCUGCACCGCCUCUACGGCUUCUUGCAGAGCAGCGGCAGCCUCAACCCAUUGUUGGCCAGCUUCUUCAGCAAGGUCAUGGGCGUCCUCAUCAACCGCAAGACUGACCAGCUCGUGUCCUUCCUGCGGAAGAAGGACGACUUCGUGGACCUGCUGCUGCAGCACAUUGGCACCUCGGCCAUCAUGGACCUGCUGCUGCGCCUCCUUACCUGCGUGGAACGGCCGCAGCUGAGGCAGGACGUGGUCAAUUGGCUCAAUGAGGAGAAGAUCGUCCAGAGGCUCAUUGAGCAGAUCCACCCGUCGAAGGACGACAAUCAACAUUCCAAUGCGUCCCAGUCCCUGUGCGACAUCAUCCGCCUGAGCCGGGAGCAGAUGAUCCAAGUGCAGGACAGCCCAGAGCCUGACCAGCUGCUGACCACCCUGGAGAAGCAGGAGACCAUUGAGCAGCUCCUGAGCAACAUGCUGGAGGGGGAGCGCAACCCAUCCGUCCUCGUGAGUGGGAUCCAGGUGCUGCUGACGCUGCUGGAGCCCAGGAGGCCCAGGUCUGAGUCGGUGACCGUGAACAACUUCUUCAGCAGCGUGGAUGGGCAGCUGGAGCUCCUGGCCCAGGCGACCCUGGACGGCGCCGUGUCCAGUGCGGGGGCCCUGCACGCCCUGCGCCCGCGUCUUAGCUGCUUCCACCAGCUCCUGUUGGAGCCGCCUGAGCUGGAGCCUCUGCGCACGACAUGGGGCAGCCUGGCCCCACCCCUGGGCAACACAAGAUUGCACGUGGUCAAGCUGCUGGCCAGUGCCCUGAGCACCAACGAUGCUGCCCUGACCCAGGAGCUCCUGGCGCUGGAUGUGCCCAACACCAUGCUGGACCUCUUCUUCCACUACGUGUUCAACAACUUCUUGCACGCCCAAGUGGAGGUGUGCGUAAGCACGAUGCUGAGCUCCGGGCCCCCUGCUGACAGCGGCUCAGACACGCCCUCGGAGAACCCUGUCGUGAAACACCUGCUGCAGCGCUGCCGCCUGGUGGAGCGCAUCCUGACCUCCUGGGAGGAGAACGACCGCGUGCAGUCCGCAGGGGGCCCUCGGAAAGGCUACAUGGGCCAUUUGACAAGCGUGGCCAACGCCCUGGUGCAGAACUCGGAGAAGGGGCCCAAUGCAGAGCAGCUGCAGCAGCUCCUGAAGGAGCUGCCGCAGGAGCAGCGGGAGCGCUGGGAGGCCUUCGUGUCGGGCCCCCUGGCGGAGACCAACAAAAAGAACACGGUAGACCUGGUGAACACGCACCACCUGCACUCCUCCAGCGACGACGAGGAUGACAGGCUCAAGGAGUUCAACUUCCCGGAGGAGGCGGUGCUGCAGCAGGCCUUCAUGGACUUCCAGAUGCAGCGCAUGACCUCGGCCUUCAUCGACCACUUCGGCUUCAACGACGAGGAGUUCGGGGAGCAGGAGGAGAGUGUGAACGCGCCUUUCGACAAGACGGCCAGCAUCACCUUCUCCCUGAGCGCAGACGAUGACAACCCCAACGCCAACCUACUGGAGAUCUGCUACAAGGACCGCAUCCAGCAGUUCGACGAUGACGAGGAGGAGGACGAGGAGGAGGGCCAGGGCUCUGGGGAGUCUGAUGGGGAGGACGGUGCCUGGCAGGGUGGCCAGCUGGCCAGGGCGGGCCGCCUGGGCCAGCCCUCGGGCGUGCGUGGGGCCGUGGCCUGCUCGCCCCCACCCUCGACUCCGCUCUCGCCCAUGGCAGCUCUCUCAGUGUUCUUGCCAAAAGGGCAGUGGAGUGUUCGUCAGCUCCCUCCCGUCACGCCAGUGAAGCGGGACUUGGCGAUUUUCCUCGCUCACAGUCUGGCUCAUGGACUUGCCGGCGUGAACGCCAGCUCGGGACCUGACCCCUGUGACGUGUGCCCGGCACAGAAACAAGAGAUAGGUCGGGGCGCACUCUCCCUGGGCGUCCUCCCACUGCCCGGUGCCCCACCCCACCCCCGCCCCGCCCCUUGGGUGCGUCCGCGGGGCAGCGCUGGGGGCGGUGCUGGGGACUGGCCGGGCGCCCGCACGGCAGUGACGGCAGGUGCUCCGUGGAGCAGGAGCCGGGGCAGCACGGACAGCGAGGAGGAGGACGACGACGAGGACGAAGACGAGGACGGCCGGGCCCGCGGCAGGCCCGGGCCCCCCUGCUACCCCAGCGCCGGCCGCCAGCCUCCGGACCCCAGCUGGACAGCUGCUUUUGACCCAGUGCCUAUGGACGGCCCGGACGGCCCCCAGGACUGCAGGGACAGGGAGCCCCGCGGGGAGCAUCCGGACCUCCCGGCCCCGUGCCCGGCUGGCCCUGCGACCCCCAGCACCCUGCAGCUCAGGUCUCAGGAUCCCGCCCCCCACUCCGCACCUCAGGAAGCCACAGACGGCAGCAAAGCAGUGGAGCCCGCGGCCCCCUGCCAGGCCCUGCUCAGCGUCGGGGACCUCCAGGCUGGCCUCAGAGGGACGCGCUCCGCUCCUAGCUCCUUGGACAGUGCAACCAGAGACCCUGCUACCUCUGUCCCGGCCCCCGGGGCCCACCAGCCCCCCCAGCCCCCAGAGGGGGAGAAGAGCCCAGAGUUCUCGGGGUUUCCUCAAAGCCAGAGUGCCCUGGUCCUCCAGCCGCUCCCGAUGCCCAACGGCUCUGCCCCAGGAGGCCCGGCGGCCCCGGGCUCCCAGUGA